UGCCGGUUUGGAUCGCCCGGAAUGAUAAGUGGGGUUUUUCAGAAAACACGCUUUCGUACGAACCGGAAAGGAGGAAGAGUUUACGGAUUAAUCUUGUUUGGUUUUGUGUUUAUCCGCGCCUGGAAAAUCCCAGGAAAUCAGCCAUCAUCAUGUUAACAAACAAGGUGUUUAUGAAGAAAACCAAGCGCGGUAACAUUCUAAAGAUUGUCCGCGAACACUACCUGCGCGAUGAUAUUUGGUGCGGUUCCGGUGCCUGUCGAAAGUGCCCGCUCUCGGAGAACGAUAUCGUCCUGGACGGUGCACCAGAGUCGUUAAGCGAAAAGUACGACUUUCCGCACUAUCUGCUGCUGGACACGAACAUCAUCCUCUACCAGAUGGACCUGCUGGAGGAGUCGGUGGUACGGAACGUGAUCAUCCUGAACACCGUACUGGACGAGGUGAAGCAUCGCAGUGCCGUGAUGUACAAGCGGCUGAAAGCGGUCAUCUCGAACCCCAGCCGCAAGUUUUACACCUUCGUGAACGAGCACCACAAGGACACGUACGUUGAGCGCAUGCCGGGAGAAUCGGCCAACGAUCGGAACGAUCGCAUGAUCCGUACGGCAGCCGGGUGGUACGAGAAGCACCUGAAAUCCAGCACGGGACGGGCCCCGCGGAUCGUGCUGCUGUCGGAUGAUAUGGAUAAUCGCCAGAAAGCGAUCGACCAAGGAUUGAUUGCAUGUUCGGCAGCGGACUACAUCAAGACUGCCCGAUCCGAGUAUGCCAAUCUGUUGGAUAAGAUUAGCCAGCGUGAAGGUAGCGGCGAGGCGAAGGAACCACUUUUCCCAUCCCAUCUGACGGCCUCACAGAUCCAUCAAGGCAUCAAGAGCGAGAGCUUGCUGCAGGGUUCUUUUCUGGCUUCGCGGGAAAAUUAUCUCGAAGGGUACGUCCGUGUAGAGGGUAUCGAAAAGCCGGUCCUCAUCCAGGGACGACUAAACUUGAAUCGUGCCGUAGAUGGCGACGUGGUUGCCAUAGAGAUGCUGCCCGAACGCGAAUGGAAAGCACCGAGCGAUGUGGUGCUGGUGGAUGAGCAGAACGAUCCGGGCGAUUUGAUCGAGCCGGAUCCCUCCUUCAGUGCCAAACCGGUGGCAAAGGAACUGCUGGAACCGACCGCCAAGGUGGUUGGCAUCAUUAAGCGCAAGUGGCGACAGUACUGCGGCAUUCUGCUACCGAGCCACAUCCAAGGAACGACGCGGCACAUUUUUGUGCCGGCUGAACGGAAGAUUCCGCGAAUUAGGAUUGAAACGCGGCAAGCGGCGACGUUACUAUCGCAGCGCAUCAUCGUAGCCAUCGAUCAGUGGCCUCGCCAUUCACGCUACCCACAGGGUCACUUUGUGCGCGCACUCGGACCAAUCGGAUCGAAGGAAACGGAAAAUGAAGUCAUUCUGCUGGAGCACGAUGUUCCGCAUAAUCGAUUCUCCGAUGAAGUGCUCGCCUGUCUGCCGCAGCUUCCGUGGGUUAUUACACCGGAAGAUCUUAAGCGACGCGUUGAUCUGCGUGACAUCACGAUCUGCUCAGUGGAUCCACCGGGCUGUACGGAUAUUGACGAUGCGCUGCAUGCUCGUCGUUUGCCGAACGGAAACAUUGAGGUCGGUGUUCACAUUGCAGACGUGAGCCACUUCAUUCGGCCAGGGAAUGCACUGGAUCGUGAAGCGGCCAGCCGUGCUACUACCGUGUAUCUGGUGGAUAAGCGUAUCGACAUGGUACCGGAGCUGCUUAGCUCCAAUCUGUGCUCGUUGCGGGGCGGUGAGGAACGAUUUGCGUUCUCCAGUGUCUGGGAGCUGGAUGACGAUGCGAAUGUGCUGAACGUAAAGUUCCACAAGAGCGUGAUCAAGUCGAAAGAAGCGCUCACAUACGAACAAGCGCAGCUGAUCAUCGAUGAUCGAUCGCAAACCAACGAUGUGGCCGUUUCACUCCGUUUGCUGAACCGUUUGGCGAAGAUCUUGAAGCGCCGACGGACGGAGAAGGGAGCUUUAGUGCUCGCGUCACCGGAAAUCCGCUUUCAUGUCGAUAGCGAAACGCACGAUCCGAUCGAUGUGAAGGCGAAGCAACUGCUCGACACCAACUCGAUGGUGGAGGAGUUUAUGUUACUGGCCAACGUAUCGGUGGCGGAAAAGAUCGAGAGUGAGUUCCCCGAGUGUGCGAUGCUUCGACGCCAUCCCGAACCACCGCAAACCAACUUUGAGCCGCUGGUUAAGGCUGCGCAACAUCAGGGAUUUAAGAUUGUGACGACGGCGGGUAAAGAACUUGCAACCAGUCUGGACGAAGCGGUGAAUCCAAACAAUCCGUACCUCAACACGAUGUUGCGCAUUCUUGCCACACGCUGUAUGAUGCAGGCAGUCUACUUUAUCAGUGGUACGUUGCAGCGUGACGAGUUCUUCCACUACGGUCUGGCUGCACCGAUCUAUACGCACUUUACCUCACCGAUCCGUCGGUAUGCCGAUGUGAUCGUUCAUCGGUUACUGGCCGCUUGCAUUGGAGCGGACUCCACCUAUCCAGAGCUGUUGGACAAAAAGCUCAACUCAAACCUUUGCAACAAUCUGAAUUACCGGAAUCGUAUGGCCCAGUACGCUGGCCGUGCUUCGGUCGCUCUGCACACCCAUCUGUUCUUCCGCAACCGGUCCGAAGAUGAGCAAGCGUUCGUACUGUUUGUGCGCAAGAAUGCACUCCAGAUACUGGUGCCAAAGUACGGGUUCGAGGGAACGAUCUACGUGGCCGGACGGGACAAUCAGGAGAUCAAGAACGGGGUCCGAUUCGUGUACGAUGAGGAGCAGCAAACGCAACGCUGUGGCGAUGUGGUAUUCCGUGCCUUCGAUCCCGUCACCGUGCGGCUGAGUCUUGAUUCAACGAACGUACAACAUGAAAAGCUCGUGUUCGAACUGGUCCGUCCCUACAUCCCUGGGUUCAGUGUUGACUCGGAGGAGUUCAAGGAUGACGCAGCAACAGUUGCCGAAACACCUGCAAAGCGGAAAGGCGAUCCAACACCAAGUAAAACGAAGAAAAGUAAAAAGGGAAAAUAAAGCGAUUAAUCGAUAAUGCGUUUUACGCAACCACUUCAGCAAGCGUCAAGGUUGUAAUAAAUACAACAUCGAAUUGUAAAGUUUGGUUU